AAUAAAUAUCCCACUAUCCCAUGCACAAACCUUAAAGGCACAAUCUGGACCAAAUUAAAAAGAAAAAAAAACCAAAAAAAACAGAAACCAUUAAUACUGCUAGCGUAAUCAUGCAAUCAAACACUUUCCAAUUCAUUCUUUUGAUCAUUUUCUUGAUCUCACCUCAUUCUUUAUCCUUCAACACCGGCGGAGGAGGGAUGACCUCAUCCAAAACCUCUUCAACCCCUAGUGGAGGAAGUGGUGCAGCUCAUGCACCUAACUGGGAUUAUACCUGGGGUUGGGAUUCUAGCCCUGGAGGAGGAUGGGGUUAUGGUUCCGGCUCAGGUAGGUCACCUGAUGGAUUAGGUCGAGGCUGGGGUUUUGGUUUUGCGUCCGGGAGUACUGGGUCCGAUACUGGCCAUGGUGGUGGUGGUGAUAAUCAUGGUGGUGGUUAUGGAGCUGGAGAUGGUUAUCGUGGUAGUGAUGGUCGUGCUGGUGAUGGUUCAGGAGGAAGAGAGAUGCCCUCGCCAGAAACACCUUCACCUUCUAGUGGAGGAAGUGGUUCAGCUCAUGCACCUAACUGGGAUUACAACUGGGGUUGGGGUUCAAGCCCUGGAGGAGGAUGGGGUUAUGGUUCCGGCACAGGUAGGUCUCCUGAUGGAUUAGGUCGAGGAUGGGGGUUUGGUUUUGGGUCUGGUACUGGUACUGGCAAUGGAUAUGGUUUUGGUUUUGGUUCUGGUUCUGGUUCUGGUCGUGGUGGUAGUGAUGGUCGUGCUGGUGGUGGCUCAGGUGAAUAUGGUGGCGAUAAUGCGCCAUCGAUUUCAAAGGAGAGAGAUCAUAAUGGGUAAACAUAUAUACUGUGGAUGUGUACUACUACACGUUCUUAUUACGAAUAUAUAUAAAGAGUAUGGUAAACUUUAAUGCACGUGUGUAAUAGGGUUUGAUAUGUAUAGUACAGAGAACACCAUGAGAAUAUAUAGUAAAUGAGUAUAAUAAUGGAAUAUAUAGCUAUAUGAUGAAUGUUUACAAAAAACAUUUUGAGUUUAUAUUCUAAGAAUUAGUGAAGUUAAUGUGUUUGAAUCAAACAGUUUGAUUAUAUUUCG